AUGAAGACAUUGGACGCCCUGAAGAAGGUCUUCAGCACCUACAAUGAUCUGUCUCUUCCUGAACGCCCACAAGCCUUCGUCUUGAUCGGUAAUUUUUCGCAGAAAGCUAUCAUCAGUGGAGGUGGCCGAGCUGGGAGUAUCGAAUACAAGGAAUACUUUGACUCAUUAGCGCUAGUCUUAUCUGAUUUCCCCGCGUUGCUACAACACUCGACCUUUUUAUUCGUGCCUGGUGAUAAUGAUCCUUGGGCAUCAGCAUUCUCUGCUGGUGCAGCCUCAACAGUACCACGGCAACCCAUCCCGGAAUUGUUCACCUCUCGAGUCAGACGUGCAUUUGCAACAGCGAACUCAGAGUUGAAUAGGUCACAAGCCCCCGAACCCGCGGGUGAUGCAAUUUGGACCUCAAAUCCGGCACGUCUUUCGUGGUUCGGGCCAGUGCAUGACAUCGCCAUCUUCCGAGAUGAUAUAUCGGGAAGGUUGAGACGCAGCGCUGUCAACACCACCCUUGACACCGAGUCAGAUGUUACAAUGCAUGAACCCUCGAGCAGUACUGCUGGUGAUGCGGUCUUUGCUGAGGACAAGAGCCAGAUCGAAGACAUGGGCCAGCAACAGGGAACCAAGGCUGCAACCGCCUCGUCUGGAGCGUCAAUGGCCCGCAGACUCGUCAAGACCAUUCUGGACCAGGGAACAAUCUCCCCAUUUCCGCUACCAUUGCGGCCCGUCCUAUGGGACCAUGCCUCAGCCCUGCAGUUGUACCCGCUGCCAACCGCAUUGGUACUUGCAGACCCCGAGGCUGCACCGUUUUGCAUGACCUACGAGGGCUGUCAUGUCAUGAACCCCGGGCGCCUGCUACCAGAAGGUGGUGCUCCCAUGGCCAGAUGGAUCGAGUACGAUGUGUUACGCAACCGAGGGAAGAUCAGGGAAGAGCGCUGUUAA